AUCAGGUGAGAUGCUAUGGAGACAAGUGGUCUCAGAACAAUCAGUGAGGACAGCUCCGGCGCCCCAUCACCCGCUCACGGGCCCCUCACGGUAGUUCUAAGCCACAGGAGCUGUUUUAUACCCCGUACAGGUCCGCCCUAUGACACAGCCAGGGCAGAGACGACAGACUCAGGCCUUCGGACUUUGAUUCUGCUCUUUCACCUCAUUGUGCAUCUGAUUAGAGAAACACGCAAAAAUGAAACCGAAAAGGCCGAGCUGUUUCUCAAAAGCCAGGAUUUCCUGGAAGAGCCCUGCAGCCCAUUUGUUCACAGACCCCUGCCGGACCAGGGGACCUUGGAGAGGCAAGGACAGAGUUUCAGGAUCUUCCCCUCCCUCGGGACCCGAGGCCACCAACGAGAGAGCUCCGUGGAGAGAAGAAAGGUGGUACAGCGUCUCUUCCCAGCCAGAACACCUGCCAUUCUGAAUAUGAGGAGGAUCAGAGACAUGCUUUUGAAUACCACAGAAGCAGAGACAUCUCCAGACCAAGAAAAUCAUUUGACUCCCGAGGACACAGAUUUGGUGCCACAGAGGCUGCUGGACAACCAGGCAGAGCAAGAAUACGAGGCUGGUAUUGGUUUGCAAAGGGACCAGGAUGACACUUUUCUGUGUGAAGAUGUGGAGCUACAAGAUGAUCUGUCCCCCGAAGAAAAAAUAUUUUUGAGAGAAUUUCCCAGAAUGAGAGAAGAUCUAAAAGGGAGCAUUGACGAGCUCCGUGCCCUCGCAGAGGAUAUUGACAAAACCCACAAGAAAUUCACCAAGACUAAGUUGGUGGCCAACUCCACUGCUGUCGUCUCUGGGGUGGUGAGCCUCCUGGGUUUAGCCCUUGCCCCAGCGACAGGAGGAGGAAGCCUGCUCCUCUCCGCCGCUGGUCAAGGUUUGGGGGCAGCAGCUACGGUCACCAGCAUUGUGAGCGAUAGGCUGGAGCACUCCCAAAAUAGGAAAGCCCAAGCUCAGGCUGAAGACAUACUGCCGACCCAUGACCAGGAGGAGAGGGAAGCUGAGGAAGAGAGGGCAGACUAUGUCGGGGCCACUGUAAAGAUUAUCGCUAACGUUAUCAACACCGUGAGGAACACCAGAAAAAACGUCCGUGCAUUUCAGAAAGUCAGAGCCGACCCACGCUUGGCCAAUGCCGCCAAGCGUCUUCUGACCACUGGCAGAGUCUACUCCCGGAGCACCGAACAGGCGCAAAAGGUCUUUGCAGGGACAACGCUGGCAAUGACCAAAAAUGCUCGCAUGCUGGGAGGUACGAUGGCCGCCUUCUCCCUUGGCUUUGACUUGGCCGCUUUCUCAAAAGAAUGGAAGCACCUGAAGGAAGGAGCCAGGACAAAGUUCGCGGAAGAGUUGAGAGCCAAGGCCUCGGAGCUGGAGAGGGACCUCACAGAACUCACCCAGUGCUACCAGAACUUGCAGCAGAAAGUGAGGAUGGUGGAGGGCAGUCUACAGCCUGAGACCCAUCACUUUCGGACCCUAGACCCAAACUAGGGAGUUAUUGUUUACUGCUUUCCUGAAAGCACUUGCAAACCGCUAUGAUACAAAAUUGCAAGAGAUUCAUAAAAAAGGACUCAAGCACAGGUAUCUGAUAACUUUGACAUCACACUGCUGGCCCCAUUAAACUGGGGUUGUUCUUAGCCUUACAGCCCUGCAAAAGGAAGCUGGAUGACUUGAUAGAGACUUCAGAGAAAUUGCUACGACAGUUUCUACCUGGACAACCUUGGUGUCUGAUGCUGUAUUGGCCACACAGAAAGGUCCUGAUGAUAUCACCAGAGACGUCCAAGCUGCAAACCAGGAAAAGCCAUCAGACUGAAACUGCUGCAUCAGGAGAAGGAAAAAAAACAUGCUAUUUUUAUGUCAAUAGAUGCCCAAAUCUUGGAUCUUUAGAGAUGUAAAGAUCAAGUCCAGGUACUCCACUAGAUUUGGGAAACACCGUCAACUGAUCUAUUUCAAUCAAGAGAUUAAAUCUUGGCUCUUGGGGACCUUGGUUUCAGGAUAUUUUCCAAUCUCUUGACAUACCCUCUCAUUAAUCCUACUGAUGACAUCCCCUAUGUGUUGAUUCUCUCAGGAGUUUUAAAUGCUUAUCAGUAGCCACAGAGUCAUCACUUGAUCUCAGGAGGAUGGAGCAACAAAAACCGCUUCAAUUGGAAUUGUCAAAAAAAAAAAAACAAAAACCGACUGAAACCCUGCUUCAUGAUCUUCAGAGGGCCACGUGGAAGCUGAGUGUAGUGCUAAGCAGUGGGCCACACUCUGAGUCCGACUGAGAGAAUGACCCAAAGUGGGGGACUGUUAAAAAGAAAAAGGAAAAUAGAUGACCAGGUGCAGUGGCUCACGCCUAUAAUCCCAGCACUUUGGGAGGCC